AUGAACUCUUCGGCGACGUGCUCGAACGGCUGGCUGCAAGUCACUUUUUUCGCCGAAGCAGUCGGAUUCGCCGCGUCUUUCAUUCUAAACACUGUUCUUUUGAUAUUGAUCAGUAGAACGCCGAGAGCAACUUUCGGAAAUUACAAGUUCUUGAUGUUCGCCUUCUCCGCGUCUGGUAUUGUUUAUUCGAGCACCAACUUUUGGAGCAAACCGGUGAGUUCAUAUGAAUUUAUGUUACUGUAAAAACGGUAUGUAUCUCAGUUGCUUGUAGAGAUAUCAAAAAGUGACCAAGUGAUAAAAUGUACAAAACAUUUAAAGCGACAAUUUCUUUGUUGAUACCUUUUUGAUAUUUCCACUGGCAGCUGAGUUGUACUGCCCAGAAUGAGCGGUAACUGUUUGGUCUCUCGGGACUGGAAACCAGAGUUCAGAGAAAUGUGAUUCCAGAAUGUCCACAUCACAAAAACCUCGUUCAUCGUGUUCACAGUGCUCAAAUACUCCAAAUUCUCCAAGUCCUUCGGAUCCAUCGCCGUCAGUAAGUGCUCCGAUCUUUCACUCAUCCAUCCAGUUCUCUUCAGCCGGAUACUGCUCCUGCUACGCCAUGAUGCUCUCGCUUCUCGUUAUCCACUUUUAUUAUCGACUCACUUCCGUCACUGCUCCCAUGAGACUCACCAAGUUCUCGAGGGAAAACGGAAAGUACUGGGCGUUGCUCGUCCUCUCCUAUGCGUUCAUUUGGGGUUUCUGCAGUUACUUUCUAUGCGGACCGACCGAGCAAAAAGAUCUAGAGCUGAUGGUCGAGUUUCAGAACAGCUAUUGUUUGUUUCCGCAAGAAUACGCGUACGUCGGACCCCAAUACUACUACGAAAUCGGAAACGAAGGGAUAGUUCCGAACUUUCCCUCCAUCAUCGGAAUGUCGGUGUUGGCCUCGUUGAUGGGCGGCACUUUUAUUUUCGUCACUUACUUCGGAACUCGUACCUAUAAAGCUCUAACUGAGCUCGGAGUCACUUGCUACGGAGCCAGAGAACUUCAGAAACAACUCUUCCGCACUUUGGUCAUCCAGACUUUGAUCCCAUUCGUUUUCAUGUAUCUCCAGUCUCCUGCAUGUUUUCGUUUCCGUUAUUGGGCGUGAGACUCGAUGCGAUGGCCAACCUAAUUCCCAUUUCCGUCGCCAUUUAUCCGUGCCUCGAACCUCUCGUCGCCAUGUUUUUCAUCAAGAAUUUCAGAGAUCGAAUCAAAGGUAACCGAAAAGUGUUCUUCUUACUUUCCCUAUCAAAUGGCUCUUUCAGAUUUCCUGACGUGCUAUCGGAAACAUCGUAUUUCUGACGUGCCGACAAGCCAAACUGAAAACGUGAUUUCGUUGCAGAGUUUUACAUAG